AUGGAAAGGUUGAAAACACAAACUCAUGAUUUCUUGAACGAAGAAUCUUUCUCUCGACUUCCCUUCUCCCCUCACUUGCCACCCAAAGAGAAUUCAAUUAGGCUGUUCGGGAAAGAAUUUGGUGGCGGUGAUCUGGCCACCGUUAACACCGACGAGUCUAGUUCAGCGAAAAGUACCACCACCUUUAUCCAGAAUGAAACCAAAGAAAACGGAGAAAGUUGCAGGAAAUUUGAAUGCAAUUAUUGUUGCAGGAACUUCCCUACAUCUCAAGCCCUUGGAGGCCAUCAAAACGCACACAGAAGGGAAAGAUUACAGGCCAAGCGUCCACAUAUCCUACCCUUCUCGAUCCACCGUAGCUCCUCCAAGCCACAACUGCAUAAUGCCAUUAACAACCACGAUCACAACCUCACCACCACCACCACCACCACCUCACCACCCUAUCGCCAUCAAUCCACUAUAAAAAACAUCAUCGACUAUAGCAAUAAUUUAAGGUUUUAUGGAGGAAAAACUUCUUACACUUCCCAUCAAACACCCAUCAACGGUAGGCCAUUGCCAUUGUGGAGAUUUCCCAUGGUGGUGCACAACUCAACUAUAUUUAAUCAUGGCAGCUUGUUGAGUUCCUCAGACACCGGAUCGAGGUCUGGGAACCUAUACAUGCAUGAAUUGCAGCAAAACAUUCAUGAUCAAGUUAGUUUGGAUUUGCAUCUUUAG